AUGUGGAUUAUGGCCCUCUAUAAUACGGAAUCCAUUAUGUUGCUCAAUGACAGUAAAUGGAGUCCGACUAGUGAAAUUUUCCUUCAUAUUAAUACUGCUAAAGUCAAAUAUUCCUUUAAACGCAGAUCCAUUCGAGAUCACAUACGCGAAGAGGUAGCUAAUUCGAAAAAAAAAUACGCUAGUUUUAAACCUCACCUUGCGAUUAUUCAAGUUGGGAGCAGGGAAGAUUCCACGGUAUAUGUGAGGCAAAAGGAAAAAGCAGCUAAGGAAGCUGGAAUUGAAUUUAGCAUACAGAAAAGAGAAGAGUCCAUUACUCAGCAAGAGCUUUUGAAUUCGGUUCGCGAACUGAACGAUAAUCCUCUAGUCCACGGAAUACUCGUUCAACUUCCACUCCCGGAUCAUAUUGAUGAGAAGCGUGUCACAGAGGCGAUUAACCCCAAAAAGGAUGUGGACGGGUUUCACGCGAUUAAUAUUGGAAAUUUGACCAAACGCAAUGGUCAACCUCUGUUUUUACCUUGUACUCCUAAAGGGAUCCUCGAGUUAUUGGAACAAACAGGUAUUGAAGUUUCUGGUAAAAGCGCCGUUGUAAUAGGGCGCAGUGAUAUUGUGGGAUUCCCUACGUUUGCUUUAUUAUCGCGCAAUAACGCCACAGUUACUCUGUGUCAUUCCAAAACCGAAAAUCUUCCCGAAAUUGUCAAGACCGCCGACAUUUUGGUGGUAUCCAUAGGACGUGCGGAAUAUGUUAAGGGUGAUUGGAUAAAGCCGGGUGCGGUUGUUAUCGAUGUUGGAACUAACGCGAUCGAAGGUGAUGUGGAAUUCUCUACCGCAUCCAAAGUAGCAUCACAUAUUACCCCUGUUCCCGGCGGAGUUGGACCAAUGACGGUUGCAAUGUUACUAGAAAACACUGUCGAAAGUGCGAAAAGAUAUCUGAGGGAGAGUAGCGAACGAAAUAUUUCCACUUUGCCUUUGAAACUUGAAUUCCCGGUGCCAAGCGAUAUCAGUAUAUCAUCAGCUCAAUCGCCGAAACCUAUUAAAAUGUUGGCUGAAGAAUUGGGUUUGGCGUCGAAUGAGUAUGAAUUGUAUGGGCACAAUAAGGCAAAAAUUAAUCUUUCGGUGCUUGAAAGAUUGAGAGCACGAAAAAAUGGCAAAUAUAUUGUUGUUACAAGCAUCAACCCAACCCCACUGGGAGAAGGAAAAUCAACCACAACCGUUGGUAUUGCGCAAGCUUUAGGAGCUCAUUUAGGGAAAAUAGCAUUUGCGUGCAUCAGGCAACCAUCCCAAGGUCCCAUCUUCGGUAUAAAGGGUGGAGCAGCUGGCGGCGGAUACUCGCAGGCCCUUUUCAAUCGUUUGUGUCCUCCGGUGAAAGGAGUUCGCAGUUUCGCGCCUGUAAUGUUGAAACGUUUGAAAAAACUCGGAAUUGACAAAACCAACCCCGACGAUUUGACACCUGAAGAGAUCAAUAAAUUUGUUAGAUUAGAUAUCGACCCCAAUACAAUAACAUGGCAGAGAAUAAUGGACACGAAUGAUCGAUUUUUGCGUCGUAUAACAAUCGGACGGUGUGAAACGGAACAAGGUCAAACACGCGAAACGGGGUUUGACAUCUCUCCGGCAUCGGAGUGUAUGGCCGUGCUCGCUUUGAGUACUUCACUAGCCGACAUGCGGGAAAGAUUGGGUAGAAUGGUGGUAGCCGCCAGCAAAACUGGGGAUGCAAUAACGGCCGACGACCUCGGAGUGGGUGGCGCAUUAACGGUCUUAAUGAAAGAUGCGAUAAAACCGAACCUCAUGCAAACAUUAGAGGGUACCCCGGUGUUUGUACACGCAGGGCCAUUUGCCAAUAUCGCUCACGGUAACAGUUCGAUACUGGCCGACAAAAUUGCUUUAAAAUUGGCAGGUGCGGAAUGUGAUGGAGAAGGUAAUGUGAUCGAAGGCGAGGGUGGGAAAUACGGAUAUGUGGUGACCGAAUCGGGAUUUGGGGCCGACAUGGGGAUGGAAAAGUUCUUCAACAUCAAAUGCAGAGUAUCAGAUCUGAUACCUGACGCUGUCGUGGUGGUAUCCACCGUGAGAGCUUUAAAGAUGCACGGAGGUGGACCAACUGUUACACCGGGAAAACCCUUGCAUGAAGCGUAUUUCAGUGAAAAUCUCGAGUUAUUAAAAGAGGGAUGUGCCAACCUAGUUAAACACAUCCAAAACGCAAAAAAAUAUGGUUUGCCGGUCAUAGUUGCCAUUAACAAGUUCACAACUGACACCGAAGCCGAAUUAUCACUAAUUCGGGAGAUUUCCUUGGAGGCGGGAGCUACCGACGCGGUACCGACCGCUCAUUGGGAGCUGGGUGGGGCGGGAGCCGUGGAAUUGGGAAAAGCAAUAGUCAAAGCGACCGAGGAUGAAACAGAAAAACGAGAAUUCAAGUUUCUAUAUGAAGUUGAAAAACCGAUUGCGGAGAAAAUCGAAACCAUUGCAAAGGAGAUGUAUGGUGCUGAUGGAAUAGAAUUGAAUGAGUUGUCGAAAGCGAAGAUAGAACUGUAUACACGACAGGGAUUCGCAAAUUUACCGAUAUGCAUGGCCAAAACCCACUUAUCGCUUUCACACGACCCAACACGUAAAGGCGUACCCAAAGGAUUCAGUGUACCGAUACGUGAUAUUAAGGCUUCCGUUGGCGCGGGGUUCUUGUACCCGUUGCUGGGUGAAAUGCAAACUAUGCCUGGAUUGCCCACGCGCCCGUGUUUCUUUGACGUGGAUUUAGAUCCGGAGACUGGUAGAAUCUAUGGAUUGUUCUAG